CAAAGUAGACACAAAUAAUUUAUUAUUAUUUACUUCAAUGGAAUGCGCUAUUUUUUUAAUAACUCGAUUGUGUAUAUUUGAAGUUAUAAUAAGAAGUAUAUAAUAAUCUUAUAUUAUAAAGCAUUCGGUUAAUAUGUUUUCUGCACUCAAGAAGUUAACACGUAGCAAUGAACGCUGCCCGGCUCCUCUACCCAUGUCUUCUUCCUUGCAAAAAAAAUUUUCUAGAGGUGUUCAUUAUAACAUGAAAAUACUAAUAAAAGGUGAUAGAAAUGUUGGAAAAUCUUGCCUCUUACAACGCCUCCAAGGAGGUUCCUUUAAAGAAGAAUAUACACCAACUGACCAAAUUCAAGUUGCGCCAAUUCACUGGACUUAUAAGAAUACAGAUUUUAUAGUUAAGGUGGAAGUGUGGGAAGUAGUUGAUAAAGGGCGCACUAAGAAAAAAGCUCCUUUGGGCUUGAAAUUGGAGAACCAGACUGUACCCAUACCUGAAGAAGGUUUUGAGACACCAGUAUUAGAUGCUACUUUUCUUGAUGUGUACAAAAAUGCUACUGGUGUUAUAUUGAUGUUGGAUAUUACUAAACCAUGGACUUUUGAUUAUGUUGUCAAAGAGCUUGGCAGGAUUCCAGCUGAUCUGCCUGUAAUGUUACUCGGCAAUCAUUGUGAUAUGCAACAUCAUCGUCAAGUACACUCCCAUCAUAUUGAACAAGCAUUACAUAAUGCUAAAAUGGCAAGGACUGCACCUAUUCGGUAUGCAGAGUCGUCAAUGAGAAAUGGUUUUGGUUUACGAUUUCUGCAUAAGUUUCUCAAUGUGCCAUUUUUAAGACUUCAGAAGACAAGUUUACUCGAACAAUUACAAAGAAAUCAGAAAGAUAUCGAAGAGGUGGAACAAGAACUUGAUGAUUUUCAGAAAUCUGAUGAAUGCCACUACAAUACGUUUGUGGAGCGACUUGCAAACAAACGUCGUCAAAGUACUGAGACCGAGCCGCGGAUCAACGAACGGUCGCCGAGUAUUGUACUCGGCGCCGGUAAGCCCAUAGUACCGCCUAGUGUUAACCCGCUGUUAGCUCAAUCGCUAAACCCGCCUCCAAAGCCACCAUCACAACCAUCGCCACCAUCUCCUGAAGAGAAACCAAAACAGACAUCAUACGUGAGCCAUGAGCUAAUGAAUCCUAAAAAUAAUCAAGUCAGUAUGGACACCACGCCUUCUCGAAUUCCACAGGAAAGUGGUCCAAGCACUCCAUCAGCAACAAACAUGUCGGCAUCGUCUUCGGGUGCCCUGGAUGAGUUUUACGCGGGAACAUUGGACACAAGCUUUCUGGAAGAUCUGGCACCUGUUAAUACCACGCAAGACCUACAGGAAGAUAGCGACAGCGAUGAAGACAACACCAUAAAUCCAAGGGUUAUCAUAGACCAAGACGACCUUGACAUAGAUAGUAGUGAAAUUAAACCUGUGGUGACAGACUAUAAUACAGAUGAUAGUCUUGCAAACAUGUUUAAACAAGCAACAAUAAGUAAAAAAGGGGAGGAAAGUUUGAGAAAUAUGUUCAAAAAUGAGGGUAGUUUGGAAACUGUGAAUCCAAACGAAGAGUUGUCUGUGGAAGAAAAUAAAAAUUUUAUUGCCUCAGGCUUAAGUGAGUACCCACUGUGGGCUGGUGAUUACAGUGCAAGGCGAUCACCUGAAGGGGGUGAAGAUCCAGAGCCUAUAGCUAAAGAACCAGAUCAAAAGGAAAAGAAACAUAAAAAAAAGAAAUCAAAGGACAAAGAUAAAGGCGACUGCAGCGACCGCUCAGAAAAGAAAGAGAAGAAACACAAACGUAAGAAGUCACGAACAGAGAAGAAUGGAAAUAGGCAACAAGGACUUUUGGAACCAACUGUGGCGGAAUUUAAUUAUGAAGAAUACGACAGCAUUUAGCGUAAACAUCACCUUCGUACAUUUAAAUAUAUUCCUCUUUAAUCUCUGGCAUUAUUAUAUUUGUUUAUGAAUUAAUUAUAGUAUUAUACAAUUAACAGAUAAAAAUUAUUCCCGUAAUAAAUAAUUAUAAAGAAUCCGUCUAGUUGCACUCAUUUUAACAUAAGUACUAUUUCGUCUCUUUCUGUCAAAUUGUGUUUGUCGCUGUGAUAAAAAGAGACAGCUGUGUAUUUUAGUUAAAACGGUGCAUUUAGGCUGAUGUAUAUUUUAUGAGGAGGGAUAACAUCCCUCACAUCACCAUCUGAGAAUAGUUAAUAAAUUAAAAUAAUUACUUUAUUUAAUUAUGUUAAAAUAGCUAACUUCCAUAAAUAUUUAAUAUGGAUUUUUAAUUCUAAAAUCCUCGUUAAUAGAUAUAUUAUGUACUUCCUUAUUCAUAAAACUAAAUUUGAAUUAAAGCAUAAGUUUGCAGAACUAGCACCUAUUUUGCAGGUGGUAUUUUUAUAUAACGUGGACUAAAGAUGUGUCCGUUUCCAUGGUUACGAUGUUUAUUGCAAAUGGAAUUGAGUAUCCACUUUUCCUUUUAAAGAGUAAUGUGUGUGUCAAAGCUAAUUUGUAAGAAAAAUUACAUUCCACAAAUAAUGUUUAUGUGUGUGUGGUAGGUUUUCAUGUCCGAAACUGAACAAGUGUCAAAAGUCAAAAAUAAUUGUUUAUGUAUUUUUUUCCUCAUAGGCAUUCUAUUUUUAAUCAGGAGAUAUUAACGAAUUAGCUAUGAGAUGUAAUGAAUUUCUUGAAUGUUUCUAGUCAUUUUUGUUUUCGGAUGAGGAGUUACAUUGUGCCUUUAUUUAAACACAUUGCUUGAUAUGUAGCACAUUUUGAAUCUAUUAGUAAUAAUCACUAUAUUGCACUGCUAAUACAAAAUACAUUCGAUAUUAUUACAUUGAUUAAGUUUACGGGAAUUCGUUUUUAUUCGAAUUCGAAGUAUUGCUUCCAAAUGUACGUUAUGUACAAACCCAUUUGAUAGCCGCUCAUAUAGACUGGUAGUAAUAACUAAUAGGGUUUUGGAUAUGGCAUCAUAUGUUUUAGUAGUGGUCAUAUGAAAGUCAUACUACGUGACUGUAUUCACAUUGAUUAGUGCAGGGGAUUAGUCAUUGACAUUGAUUUGUGCAGGUGUGUAGUGCAAGUAAUUAUUGUUUACUGGCUCUGUUAAGUAAAUGCAGUUGUCAUAUAGUUUGAGUGAGGGGGAAGGGAGGGCGCACGUGACGUCACCACUCGCAGUUCGCUCGCAAAAAAAUAGAACACGCUUCUAAUCCCUUUACUACGCAGACAACUAAUCACCUGCACUAAUCAGUCACUGUCCACACUUGUUUUCUCCUAAUCACUAGCCACCUGCACUAAUCACUAAUCAAAGUGAACACAGCGCCUAAUUUCACGUCACCUCCUAAAGACUGAUUUACAGUUAUGUCUGCAUAAUUUACAAAUUUUAUCAUUUCGUCUGGAAUGUUAACGGAUUAAUUUAGUAAUAGCAUUGCAAUGUCUAUUGUUGUAUGUGCUUUAAAUAAAAUUAUUCUAUUGUUAUUUGGUAUACGUGAAAGUGAAUUAUUUAGAUUGUUGUUGGUAAUUGCUUGUUGCAUUUGAAUAAAGUUUUUAUAAUACUGU